AUGAAGCUUUUCUCCGCAGGAAUCAUUGCCGCCGCUUCGGCUCAAAUGGGCGACAUGGAUAUGGGCGGUAUGAUGGCCCAAUUCAUGCCAAUGGUCGAAGCUAAGUACAACUCCCUCGACCACGAGCAGAUGCACCGAGACUUCAUGGAAGACAACACCGGACUCUUCGAACGAUAUUUUGAGUUCUGCGACAUCGGAGGCGAUGGCGUCCUCACCCCAGAGGAUGAUCUCGCUUGCCGAGAGAAGGCCAUUAAUCUCAUUCAAUCUCGAAUUCCCUUCCCCUUGGACGACAUUGGAGCCAUGGGUCUUCCAAUUGACCAAGCCAGUGCUGUCACCGAAAUGAUCUUCGAAAAGUUCAUUGAUCUCAAUCACGACGGUUCCACCACCCUCGAAGAGCUUCAAAUGGGCGCUUACUGCCUCUUGCGAACUGCUGCGCAGCUUGGUCUUCAAUUUAUGGGCGAUCAAAAUGCUGAACUCCCACGAUCCAUGUUCCCCGACUUCGACGAAAUGUCCGAGCAAGCUCUUGAAGCCAUCAACUCUGAAGAGGCUCAGGUCUACUUCCGAGGUCACCAAGGUCUUUACCAAAAACUCCAACGAACUCUUUCCACCCGAAAGAUCCGAAAAGUGUUUAAAUCCGCUGAUAUCGAUGGAAACAACGCCUACAACGACCGAGAACUCGUCAAGCUUCUCUUCCUUGUUGGCGAAAAAGCCGUUGAGCUCGUUGAGAUGUACCUUGGGAACUAG